AUGUUAACAACUGCAUUGAAUUUUCUUACUGAUAAACGUAAACGAUUUCAUCGUUCUGAUACAAUGCCAGCAUUUACAAAUGAUCCGCCAUUUUUUAAAUUAACUACAGAUAAACAAACUAUUGGAUUAGAGGAUAAACAUUCAAAUGUAGACAAGACUAGUGAUGAUGACAAUCGCAAUAAUAAUAAUAAUAAUAAUACAAUGAUUUUUACAAAAUGUCACGAAAAAUCUAUAGAUCCCUGUCAAGAUGAAUUGUCAACAUCAUCAAGAAGGUGUACACAUGGAAAAUUGCUUCAAACUAAUGAUGUGAAUGAUUUGGAUGAUGGUGACGAAGGCGGUAGUAGUGAAUAUAACAUUGAUCAUGUCAAUUUUCCUUCAUUGACAGUGAAUGAUAAACGUUCAAGUGAAUGUAUAAAACUACCAUGUACAGAACAUUUAUCAAUUGGUAAUUUAGAUAAAUACAAAUUCUUAGAUCUUGAAACAAAUCAUUUGAAUAGUCCUGUCAAUGAAAACAUUAUUCCUCAUUGUUUAUCUCAUGGUUAUAGUUUGAGUAAUGUUCAAGUACCAUCAGAUAAUACAAGUGUAAAAAGUGAUGUUUGUUCAUUAGUUACAUUUUCAAAAAACGCAUUGAAUGUUGAAAAAAUCAAUCAUUCAUCGAAAUGUCGAAAAUUUGAAAGUACUAAAUCAUUACGUUUCCCAUCUGAACUGAAAGAAUCCCAUCCGUCUAUUUCUAGUGAUUGUAAUACAGAACCAAUUCCAGAUUCAACUACUACUACUAGUAAUAAAGUAUCAGGUAAAUCAAGAGUUGCAAAAAUGCGUGCUAGAGCAGUGGCAAGAGCAGCAAAAGGUAAAUUGAAACGUUCAAAAAGUAGUGCUUACAUGUCAAGACAUUUUCAAGAAUUACAUAAAGAUGAGAACAGUGUAAGAGGUCGUUCAUCUAGUGUACAUCGUAAUUCUGAUAUUAAUUCAAAAGAAAUGCCAACAACACAACAACCUUCAUUAGAAAAUAAAACACGUACUGGUUUAGUCAAAAAUUGGAUAGAUAAAAAUCCUCGACUUCGUUCAGACAUAUCACCACAAACUCCGACCAAUACUGAUAAUCCAUGUGAAAUGAUAAAUAUUACAGAAUAUUAUGAACAACUUGUACAUAAAGCUAAUACUUAUAAAUAUCAAUUUAUCAAUGCACAAGAUUAUUCGAAUCAAGUUCAAGAAAUCACUGAACCUAUUCAUAUGAAUAAUGUCAAUGAAACUAUUCCUCUUCCAAAUACUAAUAAUUAUGUUGCUAAAAUUUUAUUCAAUCGUAAUUUCACUUCUACACUACCUCAUAACACUGCUGCUAUUAAAUCUAGUCGAUAUUCAGUGGUGAAAAAAUUACGUCGAAAUAAUUCAAGUAUUACUUAUUCAAAUGAUCAACUAUCAAUAUCACAUGAUGAUCAAAGUAUCAUUUCAUCUAGUUCCACAGCGGGUGAUUUAUUACUUCCAUCAAAAAAUUACAAAACAAACACAUCAUUCAUUUCUGAAGAUGAAGAUGAUCAUAUGAAACAAUUCAGUGAAAAUCUUUUCUCUCUUAUUAAACACAAUGAUUAUGAUCGAUUCCUCAAACUAUUUGAACAAUAUCAAAAGUUGGAUGAAAAGAAUUUAAAACAAAUACAAGAAGCUACUAAUGAAUUUGGAUUGACUGCAUUAGAUAGUGCUCAUCUCACCGCAUCAUUACCACUUAUCUCGUGUUUAUUAGUUUGUAAAUUUUUACCAGGUCCAAUAGUUCAAUCAAGUUUAAAUUCAAAUCCACAAUAUGCUAUUGCUACUGCUACUACUACUACUACACAACAGAAUAAAAUCAAUGGAUUGGGUAAAUAUUUAGAAAAUUUAUUAGAUGAAAAAGAAAUUCAAUUGACUAAAUGUAAAAUUGAAACAAACAAUGCCAUUACACGUGCUAAUCAAUUGAGUACAAGUGAAAAUUCGAAAGACACUGAUAAUUCACUACAAGAUGAACAACUAAAUACCAAUAAUAAUAAUAAUAAUAAUAAUAAUAAUAAUAACACAGCAAUAUUUGCAGAAAUUUCUAUGAAAGAAAAAGAAUUACAAUUAAUCCAUGAUGAAUAUGACUAUUUAACUAAACUUAUUCAAAAUUAUAAUAAAUUUCCAAAAUACACUAAACCACCAAAUAAAGUCAAUAUAUUUUUAAACUCUUUCAAUUCGAUAUUAAUUCGAAUAAGUCCACCAAAAUGUGAGAAAUCAAAUGAAAGCAAUAAUUAUUAUGGCGGUGAAAAUUCUAUCAACAAUACAACUGAUGAUAAUCAUCAUGAUAUUGAUUUAGAUGAGAGUUCAUGUGAAUCAACUGAUAAUGAAUUCAAGAUUCAAGAUUCAAUGAAUGAAGGACGUAAAAUUAAUGGUGUACAUAAUAUUCCUACAAUUAAUUUUAUUCUACGUUAUUGUAUAGAAUGGUCUACAUGUCCAAAAUUUUCUAACUCUGAAGUAUGUCAUUGUUUAGUUCAACCGCCAACACGUAUCGUAAAACCGGAUUUAAUAAAUUCAACAAAACAAAAUCCAUUGAAUAUGAUACGUGUUGGAUUUUAUUUUUUAAAUAAUCUACCUGAAAAUAAAAUGAUAUUUAUUCGUGUCUAUGCAUUUUCUAUACAAGGAUGGUCUGAACCAUGUUAUGCUAAUCCUAACGGUAUAAUCUUAUCAUCAUGGAUUAAUAAUAAAAUAUGUGAACACUAUCGAACUACAAUAGUUCAACGGGAAAAUUCCCUAUUACCCUACACAAAAUAUGUUGGUUGUGCUUUAGACAAAGAGAUUGAUACAUUGAAAAAUGAUUUAUUUCAACAACUUCGUGCAUGGACAACAAAUUCAACAAUUAGCUCUAAUACCACUACUUCUACUACUGCUGCUAGUAGUAGUACAUCUGGUAUUCCAGUAAAUAUUGUCGAUGAAACAGGCAAACGAACACGAUCACCAUUGUUACAAAGAAAACGUUCGUUUAGAUUUCCUUUUAGCAAUAAAGGUUUAAAAUUUAUUAAACAAACUAAAUCUGGCAUUUAUCUAGCUAUCAUCUAUCAUACACCAAUAACUACUACUAGUAGUAGUAGUAGCAGUAGUAUUAUUAAUGAAUCUGAAAAAUGUAAAUAUCAAUCGAAAAUUCUGCUAGCCGAUGAUUCCAUCCCGAUAUUGAAUAUUUCACGUGAUGAUUAUACCAAUGAGUCAAUGUUAAACUCCGAUUUCAAUUGGUUCGCUCGUAUUGUAUCCGAUUCAUUUUUGGACAUGGAUUUACAAUUUCUAUAUGAUGACAUACCGAAUACAUCGUUACCGACAAAUUUACAACUACGUGUACGAUUAUUAGAAAUUUUACAACGAUUAAAAUUAUUAUUUGGCCUAUCAAAUCUUGGCAUUGUUUAUCCAGAAAUAAUACGUGUUCGAUCGAUUGAUCCCACUUUGAUUAAUCUGAAUAAACCAGUGAAAAAUGACAACAUUGAUAUGCAAGAACAAUUGUCUUCACCGAAAUUAUCCACAGAAACAAAUGAUUCCAUUACAACUACAAGUAGUUAUGAGAGUAAUUUAAAACCGACAUCAUCAUUUAUGUUUAUAUUAUUGAAAAAAAUUACAAAUCCUAAAGAGAUUCUAUUGACUAAUAAUCUUAGAUGGUGUAAUUUUGAUAAAUUUUUAAGACAAAAUAAAAUUAAAUUGAACAAAUUCUUUACAAUACACUCGAAUAUGGAAUAUUUAAAUUAUAGUAUUAUGACAAAUAUGACAAAAAAUCUUUUAUUGCCAACAUUAUAUUCACAUUUAUUAACAACACGAGGUAAUCAAGUGUUUGUAUCACUGGAAUCACAACUUAUUGUUAAUUUAGACAUACUACUGAAUUAUUCCGAAAAGCAUACACGGAUUCUUGAUCCAGGCUUAUAUGUUGUUCUAGUACAAAUGAAAGCCCAUAUGGAUCAACAAGCCGCUAUAUUAAUUUCUAAUACACCAUCUAGCUUACAUAUGUUACCAGCUGAGAAAAUUCGUACACGAUCUCAUGUCAGUCAUGAUGAAUGGUAUAGUUUGUGUAGAUUAAUUGAAAAAACCGAUGAAAAGCUUGAGGAUAAUUUUAUUAGUUUAAAAUAUGCUGAAAAACGAUUUAUUGUCCAAUUAAUUAAAUCAAUAUUUAAAUUAUCAAAUCGUUUAUGUUAUAGUAUUAAUGAUAUGAAAAUGUUACGUAUAUUUUUACCAGAAAUUAUUAGAAUUUCUCCAUUACAUACAUUUAUUCUGUUGUUGCCAUCAAUUGAACAAAUUUGUUUACCGCCAACUUCAACUAUCCUGCCACCACCAAAUUGUUCAUGGAUUUCAAUGACUUAUUUUGAAAGACAUUUAAAUUUUACUUAUGAUCCAUUAUUUCAUAAACGUAUUCAACAUUUAAUUGCAUUUUUAGAAUUAAUCAUUCCAUUAUCACAAUUUGCUCAAAGACAAUGUUUAACUGAAACAGAUUUAAUACAAAUAUCUGAACGUACACAAACAUUACAAAUGAUUCAAACAAAUUUAGAAAAUAUAUAUCAAGCAAGAAGAUGGUUAAGUGAAACUAUAACAAUUGGACGUGAUCGUAAAAAGUUAUAUAAUUAUCAUAUUACAUUAGAACAAAUUAUUAAUGAAUAUAAUAUAAUUUUAAAACCAUAUUUAAUAAAAUCAAAACUUGAUUCUUUAACUGAUGAUGAUGAUGUUGAUAAUACAGUCAAUUUCAAUGUUUUACUACAAAAUGAUGGAUCUACUAGUAUCAAUAGUGAAAAAAUUACAAAACCCAGAUCAUCAUCUGUACAUAGUGAUUUAUUAGAUAGUGCAGCAAUUGCUGAACGAACAAACCGAAGUACACUACCUUGUUCACCAACUGAACCAAGACAUAGUGGUAGAAAUUCAAUCAUACAAGUUUAUGCAGAUUAUCCAACUGGAUUAAAUCCUGGAGUAUCAGUACGCCUGCUAAUUAAUAUGCGUACAACAGUUGGCGAAGUUAUCGAUACUGUGGUAAAACAAUUAUUGGAAACUGCUGAUAGAAAGAAUUGUAAAGCUAGUGAAAUAACUGACUCACCAUCCGCCAUAUGCUCUUAUGACUAUACUAGAACUAUGAUAAAACAAAAUUUAACAAAUCAUUUAUUUUGUUUAACUGUAUCAGUUGGACAACUUGAACGUUGUCUACCAAACACUGUACGUUUAGCUCUAUUAAGAAAACCAUGGAAAUUUGGUAAAUUAACAGUUCGCCUGUUGAAUGAUUUGUCAGAAGAUAUUCAAUGUCAAAUAUCUGCAAAUGCAGUUGGAGCUAAACAAUUUGAUUCAUCUGAUCAAACUGUACCCGCCUUACUGACUGUUACUUUGGUUAAACCGAAUUUAAAACAAGCUAAUAUCAGUUCACCUCCAGAAAUUUUGCAUUAAAUCUAUUUAUUUAUUUGUUUGUUUUUUUAUUUCUGUUGGUUAAGUUGUUACAAAUGAAUUUUUAUUUACAGUCAGUAUAUAUAUAUAUAUAUUUGUAAGUAGUCAUCUUACAAACAAUUUUUAAACAUUAUUUCAGGGGAUUUGACAAUUGACUGUAUAUUUAAUAAGUAGGCAAUUGUUAGAAAUCCUUCAGAUUCUAAUGUAAACAUCACUUAUCCUUCAGUCUUUCUUAAUAAUCAUAAUAAUAAUAAUAA